GUGCCGAGUGGGAUUCAAAGGCCGCUACUGCGAUGAGUGCAUCCGUUACCCGGGCUGCCUCCAUGGGACCUGCCAGCAGCCGUGGCAGUGCAACUGUCAGGAAGGCUGGGGGGGACUCUUCUGCAACCAAGAUCUCAACUACUGCACUCACCACAAGCCCUGCAUGAAUGGAGCCACUUGUAGCAACACCGGCCAGGGCAGCUACACCUGUUCCUGCAGGCCUGGCUUCACUGGGGCCAGCUGUGAGAUCCAGGUCAACGAAUGUGCUGGAAACCCCUGUCGCAACGGGGGGAGCUGCACUGAUUUGGAGAACACAUAUACCUGCACUUGCCCUCACGGUUUCUAUGGCAACAACUGCGAGCUGAGCGCCAUGACGUGUGCAGACGGGCCCUGUUCCAAUGGAGGCCGCUGUGCUGACAACCCCGACGGAGGCUACUUCUGCCAGUGCCCCACAGGAUACGCAGGGUUCAACUGCGAGAAGAAGAUCGACCACUGCACGUCCGGCCCCUGCUCCAACGGUGCACGCUGCGUGGAUCUCGUCAACUCUUACCUGUGUCAGUGUCCGGAUGGUUUCACUGGCAUGAACUGCGACCACACCGGCGACGAGUGUUCCAUGUACCCUUGCCAGAAUGGUGGGACGUGCCAGGAGGGUCCCAAUGGCUACACCUGCACCUGCCCACCGGGAUACACUGGUCGCAACUGUAGCUCACCCAUCAGCCGCUGUGAACACAACCCUUGCCACAAUGGCGCCACCUGCCACGAAAGAAACAACCGCUACGUCUGCGCUUGUGUUCCUGGCUACGGUGGCCGAAACUGCCAGUUCCUGCUUCCAGAGCACGCCGCCAUUCGCGGAUCAGAAGUUCCCUGGAUUGCCGUUUUGUCCGGUGUGGCCCUGGUACUGCUCCUUCUGGCGGGAUGUGCCGUACUUGUUGGAUUUUUCCGAUCAAAAGUCCAGCGCGGCGAUCAAAUCGAAACGGUUGGUGAGGGAGAGACAAUAAAUAACCUCACCAACAACUGUCACCGCGGUGACAGGGACCUGGCAGUCAGCAUGAUACCGACGCCGGGCGUCAAAAAUAUCAAUAAGAAGAUGGACUUCUGCAGCAGUGACCCAGAUGAAGGGUCCUCACCGGGGAGAAGCAGCUACAAGAGCCGCCACCCGCCUGCAGACUACAACCUCGUACACGAGGUCAAUUAUGAGCAGGCGGCUAAAGAGGCCAUGCUGGACGCAGCCUGCGAGGACAAGUGUCAGUCCCUGGACUCGUUUGAGUUCGAGGAGAAGCGCAGCAAACGUUUAAAAUGCGAUGCAUCAGAAAAGAAAGCCCCAGAAAUGUCUGCAUGUGCGGACACCAAGUACAAAUCUGUGUUUGUGAUGUCAGAAGAGAAGGACGAAUGUAUAAUUGCAACUGAGGUGUAACGAGCCACCAAUGGGCUGCCCGUUGCUCAUUUGCUCUAUGGGAGAGUUUUUAUACUCCUUCAGAUGCUGCUCUAACCCUAGGGGGAGGUGUCCCACCUUGAGACUGCUGCUGAUACUGAGACGUUUAACUGAUAUUCAGAGUGAGCUGGUUCUCUACUGGAAACUAAGUGCAGGCAGCGGCGGCCUGUGGGAUAAGAACUGGCGGGGUUGAAAUAGAGAAGUUUACGGUUAAAAAGUAAACUGCCACUUAGCUUUCUGUUCUGCCUUUUGUCAAGGAGUGGGGGUGAAAAUUAAAUAUUAGGGAACGCCGGCGAUAACACGCGACGCCACCGAGUUUUUUUGCAACAUUUGCACCCAGGCCUUUUCUCUAACCCACACGCCGUUGCUGAGCGCAGGAACUGCAUCAAACGGUGGAUGUUUGGCCAUAGUGGCCUGUUCUUCAUGAGGCUGUUCACAUGGGCUGUGCACCCAUCACCACACCUGUGAAGACUGUAUGUAUACUUGAUCACUGUGUUAACUGAAGUGCGUUUUUCUUCCCGGAGCCCUCCAAACCAUUUAUG